AUGGGGAGCCAAGCCGAAGACGAUGCUCGGAAGAGCCAGGGUCUUGAAUACAGUUCUGACGUCAAAUCUUCUUUUUCUGAUGAAAAAGACAAGUCUCUUGCCAUUGAACCUGCUCAAACACAUAAUCCUCCGCUGAACGAAAAGAAAUCUUAUACCGCGACUGAAACUCCUGUUCCUACGAAAGAAAGUCCAAAGGGGAGCGCGUCGCAUGGAGAAUCUAUCUUACCUGGCUGGACGAGGAUGCGCCCACUGCGUAUGAAAGCCAUGGGACGCGGCAAGAAGCCCGGGGAGGGCACGAAUGGAAUUGUUACGGAGAGGAGUGGUAGUGAGGAAAGAGGGGAUAAAGAUUUAAAAGGCGUGACGACGAAUAAUACCACCGCGAGUGGUGCGGGUGAUUUGGAGGGCUUGACGCAGAUGACAAGUGAUGAUGGAUUACUCGAUGGUAGUGAGGAUGGGAAUCAGCGCGGAAACGCGAUUGCAGACACGAGCAGCACGGUGGUGUAUAAGGUUUAUAAGAGGAGGUGGUUUGGACUUGUGCAGUUGGUUUUGUUGAAUAUUAUCGUUAGCUGGGAUUGGCUCUCUUACUCCGCGAGCUCGAAAACAUGCGCAGAGUAUUAUAGUAUCACGGAAUCGCAGUUGAAUUGGCUGGCGACUGGAUUUCUCUUUGCGUUUGUGGCUGCGACGCCGUUUACUAUCUUGACGUUGAAUAAAGGGGGGCCGAAAUCAUCCAUUAUUACCGCGUCGGUAUUGCUGUUACUGGGGAAUUGGAUUCGCUAUGCCGCUACACGGUCUGGAAAACAUGGGAACUUUGGCGGUGUGAUGUUUGGACAGAUCUUGACGGGUAUUUCGCAACCCUUUGUGUUGGCCGCGCCGACGAGGUACUCGGAUAUGUGGUUUACAAAUCGAGGAAGGGUUGCUGCGACUGCUGUGAUGAGUCUGGCGAACCCGCUCGGUGGUGCGCUGGCGCAGCUUAUUGGCCCGUUUUGGACGAGUUCACCGUCUGAUGUUCCGAAUUUGGUGUUGUAUAUCUCCAUCAUCGCAACCGUCGCCUGUGUCCCAUCAUUCUUCCUCCCCUCCCACCCUCCCACACCCACCUCCCCCUCCUCCAGCACCCCCAAAACCCCCCUCCGUCCCUCCCUCCACACCCUCUUCACCACCCCCGAAUUCUACAUGAUCUUCCUCCCCUUCUCCAUCCUCGUCGGCCUCUUCAACUCGGCCUCCUCCCUCAUAAACCAAAUCCUCGAACCCUACUCCUUCACCGAAGAUCAAGCCGGCAUCGCGGGCGCGCUCUUAAUCGUCGUCGGUCUCGUCACCGCAGCCGUCACAUCCCCCGUGAUCGAUAAAACGAAAUCCUACCUCCUCGCCAUAAAACUCCAAGUCCCAAUCAUAGCCCUCUCCUAUCUAGCCUUCACAUUCGCCCCGCAAACCCGCGAGCUCGCAGCCGUCUAUACCAUCCUCUCCAUCCUAGGCGCCGCGUCUUUCUCCCUCGUCCCCGUGGUGCUGGAAUAUAUAACCGAGAUCACGCACCCCGUGAGCCCGGAAGUCACGUCUACGAUCUGCUGGUCUGGCGGACAACUGCUCGGUGGGAUUUUCAUCGUCAUCUCCGACGCGUUGAGGGACGGCCGGGGUGGAGAGGAUGAUGGAAGUAAGAGGCCACCGGGGAAUAUGUAUCGCGCGCUCGUGUUCCAGGCGGUGGUCGCGAUGGUGGCGGUGCCGUUGCCGUUGUGUUUGGGGCUUUUUGGACGCGGGCAUGGGGUUAGGAUGAGGAGGAUUGAGGAGGAUGUGGGGAGGAGAGAGGAGGGGACGGUUUGA